AUGGAGGUCGGCACCCCCGAUCUCAAAUCUCUUGUACUAGAGAAUGCCCGACGCUCGAAAUCUCUAUUCGCAGACCCAUUAGCCCGCGAGUCGGUGCGCAAGAAAGUCAAACUGACCGACGACGCGCUCGAACCCCAACGCGAGAAAGACGCUCUAUCCCUCCGCAUCCACGCCGAAUACCAAUAUGUACGAGAACUACCUCCCGCUCUCGCCCAGAAGCAGGCGAGUGCCAUGAGCUCCAGGAAGAAGGGCAAGAGGCCAGCUGUGAACGAACCCCCGGCCGCACCAGAAGACCAGAAGACACAGAAGCUGAUCGAGGGCAUCGCGCAAUCCUCCUCGUCCAGUACAAACAAUCUCCCUUCAAACUCCAACGCCCUAGUCCAUCUGCAGCGACCUCCCGCUACCUUACCUGGUUCAAGCACCACCACAUCCCAAUCCCUAAGCGUCGCCCGAGCGCAGGCCACGCAUCAAGCCAAGCCCGACUGGCAUCCCCCAUGGAAGCUCAUGAGAGUAAUUUCAGGCCAUCUAGGUUGGGUGCGCGCCCUAGCCGUCGAGCCGCACAACCAAUGGUUUGCUAGCGGUGCCGGCGAUCGCACCAUUAAGAUCUGGGAUUUAGCAACAGGGAACUUGAGGUUAACUCUAACAGGCCACAUAUCCACCGUGCGAGGCCUCGCCGUAUCCCCUCGACAUCCAUACCUGUUCUCCUGUGGCGAGGAUAAGAUGGUAAAAUGUUGGGAUUUGGAAACAAACAAAGUGAUUCGGCAUUACCACGGCCAUCUUAGUGGCGUGUAUACCUUAUCAUUACAUCCUACUCUCGAUGUUCUAGUAACAGGUGGACGAGACGGCGUAGCCCGUGUCUGGGACAUGCGCACACGUAGCAAUAUCCAUGUGUUAUCCGGACACAAGGGCACCGUAGCCGAUCUCAAAUGUCAAGAAGCUGACCCGCAAGUCAUAACCGCGUCUCUCGACUCCACCGUGCGCCUCUGGGACCUUGCUGCAGGCAAGACCAUGGGCGUCCUCACACACCACAAAAAGGGUGUCCGCGCAUUAGCCCUCCACCCCAGCGAAUUCACUUUUGCGACCGGCAGCACCGGCAGCAUCAAACAAUGGAAAUGCCCCGAGGGCGCCUUCAUGGGCAACUUCGACGGUCACAACGCCAUCAUCAACUCCCUCGCUGUUAACGAGGAUGUCCUGUUCUCCGGCGGCGAUAACGGUUCCAUGAGCUUCUGGGACUGGAAAACCGGACACCGAUUCCAGUCUUUGGAUUCUAUUGCCCAGCCGGGGUCCCUAGACGCCGAGGCGGGUAUCAUGAGCUCAACGUUCGACCGCACGGGACUGCGGCUUAUUGUCGGUGAGGCAGAUAAGACGAUUAAAAUAUGGAAGCAGGAUGAGAAGGCAACGCCGGAGACGCAUCCGCUCGAGUGGAAACCUACGCUGGGGAGACAAAAGUAUUAA